GUGUAGAGGCGGGUGGGGGUUAGACUGAGCUGGAGGCGCGAAGGCUCGAAGAAACGGAAGGGCCGAUGGAGUUGCCCCCUGCGCUCUGAGACAUAAAUUUGAAAUAAAUAAGGGAAAAGAACCCUGACAAUGUCUUCGGUAGUGUCAGAAUAUACCAUUGGUGGGGUGAAGAUUAUCUUUCCUUGCAAGGCUUACCCUUCACAGCUUGCUAUGAUGAAUGCAAUUGUUAAGGGGUUAAAUUCCAGGCAGCAUUGUUUGUUGGAGAGCCCCACAGGAAGUGGUAAAAGUUUGGCGUUACUUUGUUCUGUAUUGUCAUGGCAGCAGUCCCUGCAUGAGAAGUCACUGGAUGAGUUCUCAUGUGAAAAGGAAUGCAAAAAACCAGAGACUUCAUUGUCAUGUCACUGUAGAUGCCAUUCCCAGGCUGUGACUAAUGACACUACUGCAGAUGUGAACCAAGGUGCUUCUUGUUCUUUCACUAAUUGUAAAGCAGCAACUUCCAUAAAAAGUGAAACACCAUCAACAGACAAAGUACAUAAUGCAAAAGUCACACUGUCUUCAAAAUUAUCUGCAAAGAAAUGGGCAUCUUUACAUGGAGAUGAAAAUGACGACUUUCAAGUGGACAGGAAAAGGAUACGUUUAUUAGAAACUGAGCAGCAGAUAAGAAAACGUCAUUGUUUUGCAAAGGGAGUGCGGUUUGUUGAUGCUUUGGAAGUUUAUCAACAGCGAAGAAAUGGGGAACUGAUUGUUCACUCAGAAAAAAUUGCUUCUUUCUCUCCAAAAACAUCUCCUGGCCCUUGCACACAGUGUUCCUGUUCUUCUGCAAAAGAAAAUGGUAAAAAUGUUAGUAAUGCAAAGAGGAAGGAAAAUGGAGGAAAGCCACACAUCCCCAAAAUAUUUUUUGGAACUCGAACGCACAAGCAAAUAGCUCAGAUUACUAGAGAGCUGCAGAGGACAGUGUACUCCAGUGUCCGUAUGACAAUUCUUUCUAGCCGGGAUCAUACCUGUGUUCAUCCAGUGGUAUCCAGAAGUAGUAACAGGAAUGAAAAAUGCGCAGACUUGCUGGAAGGAAAAAAUGGCGGGUCCUGUGUUUACUACCAUGGUGUCCAUAAACUUAGUGAACAUCAUGCUCUACAGUUUGCACGUAAGAAGUGUCAGGCUUGGGACAUAGAAGAUCUAGUAAGCCUGGGAAAGAAGCUACGUGCAUGUGCCUAUUUUGCAGCUCGAGAACUCAUGGUGGGGGCAGAUAUUGUAUUUUGUCCUUACAACUAUCUGCUGGACCCACAAAUAAGAGAGAGUAUGGAGAUUAACUUAAAAGACCAAGUAGUCAUUUUAGAUGAAGCUCAUAAUAUUGAAGAUUGUGCACGGGAGUCAGCCAGUUACAGUGUUACAGAAUCACAGCUGAGAUUUGCUCGAGAAGAACUUGAUAUCAUGGUGGUCAACAACAUCAGACGGAAGGACCAUGAUCCCCUGCGUGCUGUGUGCUACAGUCUGACAAACUGGCUGCAGGAAAGCUCUGGUCAGCUUAAAGAAAGGGGAUAUGAAACCUCCUGUAAAGUUUGGAGUGGAAAGGAAAUGCUCGCCAUUUUGCACAAUAUGGGAAUAACAAAUGCUACAUUUCCUAUCUUGCAGAAACAUUUUGCAGCUGUCCUUGAAAAAGAAGAAAAAGUAUCGAAUCUUCAUGAAGGAGAUGAGCUUAUUGAGGUUCCUGUUGUGAGCCCUGCCACUCAAAUUGUGCUAAAAGGGUUAUUCAUGGUUCUGCUAUAUCUUUUUAAAGAUAACAACAGAUUUGCAGAUGACUACAGAGUUGCUUUGCAACAAACAUAUGUUUGGACAAAUGAAAAGCAACUUGAUAUUCCAGAUAAAAAUGCUUUCUUUGUACAACCAAAACAUCAGAAGAGUUCACGGCAGAAAACAGCAGUCCAUACGCUUAACUUUUGGUGCUUGAAUCCAGCUGUGGCCUUUUCAGAUUUAAGUGGUAAUGUCAGGACAAUUGUUCUAACAUCUGGUACGCUCUCUCCAAUGGACUCAUUUUCUUCCGAACUUGGUGUGAAGUUUACUAUCCAGCUUGAGGCAAAUCAUGUUAUUCAUAACUCACAGGUUUGGGUUGGCACCGUUGGGGCAGGCCCCAAGGGUCGGAAGUUGCAUGCCACAUUCCAGCAUACAGAGACCUUUGAAUUCCAGGAUGAAGUGGGAGCACUUCUGCUUUCAGUGUGUCAAACUGUUGGCCAGGGGGUCUUAUGCUUUUUGCCAUCUUAUAAGUUGUUGGACAAAUUAAAAGAUCGCUGGAUGCAUACUGGCUUAUGGAGAAACUUGGAGCUUGUUAAGACAGUCAUUGCAGAGCCUCAAGGAGGAGACAAGGCUGACUUUGAUGCACUGCUCCAAAUAUACUAUGAUGCAAUAAAAUAUAAAGGAGGAAAAGAUGGAGCACUUCUUAUAGCAGUAUGCAGAGGUAAAGUUAGUGAAGGCUUGGAUUUCUCUGAUGACAAUGCCCGUGCUGUUAUAACUAUUGGUAUUCCGUUUCCAAAUGUGAAAGACCUUCAGGUUGAGUUAAAGAGGAAAUACAAUGACCAGCACUCAAAGACAAGAGGCCUUUUACCAGGUAGCCAGUGGUAUGAAAUUCAAGCUUACAGGGCUCUCAACCAGGCACUCGGCAGGUGUAUUCGUCACAAAAAGGAUUGGGGUGCUCUUGUGUUAGUUGACGAUCGCUUCAGGAGUAACCCUAAUAAAUACAUAACUGGAUUAUCCAAAUGGAUUCGUCAACAAAUCCAGCACCAUGAGAACUUUAGUACUGCACUUGAUUCGUUGGAUGCAUUUGCUAAAAAAAAUCAAGUGGGCUUUGGUUUUUCAACCCAGUGUAAUAGUGAAUCUCUGCUCAUACAUUCAAGUUCAAAAGAUCCAUCAUCAACUUUGUUAUGGGAAGCAUCUAUUCAUCUGUCACCAGAUGUUCCUGUUGAAAGUAAGGUGCAGAAUUUGGUACUGGAAGCUCAUUCGCCUACAGCAAUCAACACAGUUAAUUCUACAGCAUCCAGUCAAUCAAGUAACAGCAUGACAACAAAGAAAAAUGGUCAGAAUUUUGGUGUAGAAAAUCAUAUUCACCAAACAGAGAGGAGAGAAAAACAUAUGGAUUCCAAACCAAAAAGUCCUGCCAUCAAAAAAGAAAGGGAGAAAAGGAAUAGCUGGACUAAUGCUGACCUUAUGAAACAAUACUUCAGCAAUAAGCCACUGACUUCAACACCUCUGUCUGUGAAUGAAAAGAAAUGUAUCUCCAAAGCUAUGUGCAAACAAAAAAGGAGAACUACUGAAUCUAGUCAGCCUGUUGUUAAUGAAUGCCAGUGCCAGUCGUCAUUGCUUACAGAACAUACACCAAGUAGACCAGCCUUACAACUGGAAACAACUAGUUCCUCAGAAAAAAAGGGUGAGGCUGCAGUUGCUGAAGAACAUCCUGCUGAACAGCAAUUCUGCACUGAUGGAGUCAUAGAUCAAUGCAUUGAGUUGUCUCCAGUAAGAGGAAAAAUUGAACUUUCAACAUUAAAUGUAGCCAUAGAAGCAGAAGCUGAGGAUGACAGUAUCUAUUUUACACCUGAACUUUAUGAUGAUAUAGAAUCAGAGGAACAGCAAAUUGAACCAUUAAUUCAAACAUGUAAUAAUACUGUGAAUCAGAAUGAACAUGGAGCUUGCAUUGUAGCUGAAGAUCUUUUUGAAAUCAGUACUUCAAAAGUAGUAAGCUCAAUUGGAGAAAUAAAAAGUAAUGAUAACAUGAACACAGAAUUAGCUAUAAUAAUGCAAAAUGACAAGAUUAAGGGUAAUGCAGAUAGUGAUGCUGAAAGUAUUACUAGAGUAGGAGAAGUGGAACAGAAAAAAUAUAAGGAAAUGGACACCAGAAAAAAGACAAGUAAGCUUUCCAGAUCACAAAACAAAGGACUGAAUGUGCAAAGAGCAUGCAAACGAAGAACCAAGAAAGCUGCUAACAGGGGAAGUGGCUUCAUCUGUGAAAGAAAGAUUAUAAAACACAGACACUGCAUCUCACAUUCCAGAAGCCAAUAAAGGAGCAACAUGAUGUGGAGUAACCCUUGGGUCUGGUGUAGUACAACAUGCAGUCCUACCUGUAAAAAUGUAUCAUUGUAGUUAUAUUUUCCUAAUAAGUUGUAGUCUGCUAUUUGUUAAAGUGAACUGUUUACCCAGGACUGGCAAGUUAAUCUUUUAAAGUACUAUUUGAAGACCAUUGAUUGUAAUUUUGAGUCAUAAAAUUAACAUGUGCUCUCAUUCCACUGAUGUUCUAUAAGUUCUCCAUUACAAUUUUUUUUUUUUAAUUCCAUGGCUGCAGGCUGCAGCCCUUAUCACGUGAAUAUAGGUGAUCAAGUCUGUGGCGCAACCUAUAUAAGUAAGGGGUGUAGGAUUGGGCCCUAAAUGCUUUACAAAACCAUACUUUAGGGUGUGCUCUAAUUUCAGGAAAUAUUAACCUAUUCAAAUACAUUGAGCUAUUCAGAUUAAAAUAAAACUCCAAUAUACAAGAAAACUACAUUGAUGCUUUCCAGUUCACUAUAAUUUAGAGAGGAACAUCUAAAGUACAAAAUUUAUUAAUUUCUUUGAAUAAUACAUUUUAAAAUCUGGCACUCAAAGUUGUGUUUGGAGUCUGAUGCCAAGUCUAUUUUUUUGUCUUAUUUGGUCUGCUGC